UAGCAGUAGCAGUGGUAUUAUACAUUCUGUUCAUUUUUUCCCCAACACUUGGAUUCUGUUCAUUCACCAACGACCUCGUAUUUCACCGAAGAGAGAUUCGAGAGAGAGAGACGGUUGGCUUUGACUCGUUGAGAACUCGGAAGAUCUCUGCUUCUACUGCUCAUUCGCUUUCAUGAGCUUCUUCUCAGUGUAUGACUGUAGCUGUGACUUUGAGAAGCGAAAAGACUGAAGCAUUCCCCACCUGAAUCGUUACAGCUCGAAAAAGAGAUCAACUUUAGAAGUGGUUUAAUUGUUUGCCAUGGAGGGCAGCAAUGGGGCUUAAUUUUGAGAAAUGGGAUGUAUAAUUAGCCGAGAGGUAGCUUCUAGAAACUCACCAGAUUCCGAGGAUAAGAAGGAGAAGAGUUCUGAAUGUGGUGACGAUUUGGAGAGGAAGGAAGCUGGUGUGGCUGACGCUGUUGAUGUCACUCAGAAGGAAGGGCAUGGCCAUGGGGCCCAGACUUUGACAAAAGAGCAGAGAAGAAAGUCGAAACCCAACCCCGGACCGAGAAAUUUGCCAAAGCAAUCACAGGGGGAGCAGGUGGCGGCUGGAUGGCCUUCUUGGCUCACAGCAGUUUGUGGGGAGGCACUCAAUGGUUGGGUUCCGAGGAAGGCUGAUACAUUUGAGAAGAUUGAUAAGAUUGGACAAGGGACAUAUAGUAAUGUGUACAAAGCGAAAGAUAUAUUGACAGGUAAAGUUGUUGCGCUGAAGAAGGUUCGUUUUGACAAUUUAGAGCCAGAAAGUGUAAGAUUUAUGGCUAGAGAGAUUCUCAUUUUGCGACGCUUAGAUCAUCCUAAUGUUGUAAAGUUAGAGGGUUUGGUUACAUCAAGAAUGUCAUGUAGUUUGUACCUUGUGUUUGAGUACAUGGAGCAUGAUUUAGCUGGACUUGCUGCAAAUCCAUCCAUUAAGUUUACAGAGCCGCAGGUUAAAUGUUUCAUGCAACAACUGCUAUCGGGACUCGAGCACUGUCACAGCCAUUGGGUGCUUCAUCGCGAUAUUAAGGGUUCAAAUCUUCUUAUUGAUGGGGGAGGGAUGCUUAAGAUUGCUGACUUUGGAUUAGCUAGUUUCUUUGAUCCAAAACAUAAGCACCCAUUGACUAAUCGUGUUGUUACCUUAUGGUAUCGGUCUCCCGAGCUUCUACUCGGUACAACUCAUUAUGGCGUAGGUGUCGACCUCUGGAGUGCAGGUUGUAUUUUAGCAGAGUUAUUAGCUGGGAGGCCCAUAAUGCCUGGCCGUACAGAGGUUGAACAACUCCAUAAGAUAUUCAAGCUGUGUGGCUCACCUUCAGAUGAAUAUUUAAAGAGGGCAAAGUUGCCAAAUGCAGCCUUAUUUAGACCCCGAGAACCUUACAGGAAAUGCAUAAAAGAGACUUUUAAAGAUUUCCCACCAUCAUCAUUUCCUCUUAUGGAAACACUUCUUGCAAUCGAUCCCGCUGAGAGAAUGACUGCUGCUGAUGCGCUGAAGAGCGAGUUUUUCACCACAGAACCUUUUGCUUGUGAACCUUCUAGCCUCCCCAAAUAUCCACCUAGUAAGGAGAUCGAUGCUAAACGACGAGAUGAAGAGGCACGGAGACAAAGAGCAGCUAGUAAAUUGCAGAAUGAUCGGGUAAAGAAGACACGCACACGUAAUCGUGCUGGUAGGGCCAUUCCUGUUCAAGGAGCCAACGCAGAACUCCAGUCAAAUAUCGACAGACGACGUCUAAUUACUCACGCCAAUGCAAAGAGCAAGAGCGAAAAGUUCCCUCCUCCACAUCAGGAUGGAGCACUCGGAUUCACAUUGGGAUAUUCACGUCACAUUGAUCCUGCUGUUGUUCCUUCUGAUGUCCCAUUUAGUUCCACGUCGUUCGGUUAUCCAACCGAUUUGGACCGAGCCUGGUCCGGUCCAUUGGUUGAGUCCUCUGACCUUGGUGCUCAAAGGCAGAAGCAUUUGGGAGGUGAUGCAAGAGAACAACAAUCAACAAUUAGCCAAUCCUCAAUUAAAGGAAAAAAGAUGGCAUGAACUUAAGUAUCAUGUAAGCUCAGAAUCGUGCAGCAGAACCAGUCGAUUGCCUGUAUACUUAGCAUUGCGAUUUCCUGAGAAACCUUGCGACAAAUCCCGAGCACAUAGAUCACGCCUGAUCUCUUUCUUGCAGCAAGAACAUAGCUGGUUUUGGUCUGCAAUGUCAAUGGGACAUGCUAAUGCCUGUAGAGCCCCUGCGAUUUCUUUCCUCCAUCUGAAAAUCCAAGCCCAUCCUAUUCGUGCUCGCUUGUUGUUCGUUUGCAGAGUGGUGUUUUUACGCGUUAAGUACACCAAUAAUACCAAAAGCUUCUUGGCCAUGGUGCUGCCAUUCUUUUCCCAACAUAAAGUCUAUCUUCUUUUGCAUAAGGUGUGCCAGAACCAACCAUCUUUGUGAAAGUGUAUUCUCUGAUUACUGCCACUUUGUUAGAUAAUCUACGACCGAUCACUUUCUUGAGAAGUUCCUUCUGAAAGUUCUGUUAUAAAAUUACUGCUUCAUAAUAAAGAAUCUUUGAUAGAGUGAUCAUUUUGUUUUCAAAUUUAUAUGAGAUGGAAGAGAUGUUAUCCAA